UUCUUCGUCGUUCCAACUGUGUUCACGGUGUGCUGUGUGAUUUCUGGACUUCUCGCAACAAUGGUCAUCCUGGGUAGGAUGUUCAGCACCCCAAUCGCUUACAAGGAUUUCUUGAACAUGAGAGAAGAGAUGCUAAAUCAUCAGGACCUGGUCGACUCUGUCAAAAGACAAAGAUCGUUCUCCGGAGCAUCGUCGAUAUCCGUCACUUCCGAAGACUACCUGCCAAAACCUCUGUGCCGACGUCACUCAGCCAGUUAUACGAGCCUCUGUUCAAGACCACCGAGUGUAAAUCGAAAAUACAGCUAUGCUUAUUCGCAUUACAAUGCUUGCGACUCCGACGAAGACGAGCGAACUUCGCAGUAA